AUGAAAUAGAAUAAAAGAUACAAUACUUUGACAGAUAAAUAAAGAGCUGAAAUUAUGGAACUUAAAAAUUAUAUGUCUUCAAAAUAGAUUUCAAAAGAAUUAAAAAUAAAUAUAAAGACAAUUCAAUCAGUUAAAUACUCUGAAAGGUAAUCAGAGUAUAAAAUUUUUAUAGAGGCUGUUAUAUAAUAUGUAGCUAACCAGUCCUUUUUAGUCUCUUAAGUAAAUUUUAUUUUUCUAGUUUCAGAUUAAUGAUGAAAAAAAAUUUAAAAAGUUAGUUAGAAAAAAAGUCCAUGAAGCUAUAUUUCCAAAAGAAACAAGCCAAUUUACUCAUUUAUUACCUAUUUAAAAGCAGAAUUCAAAUAAAAAAAGGAUAAUUGAAUAAAUAUUCUUUGGUAUUUAAAAAAAAAUUUUGACAAGUCCUUCUGAUUUCAAUAAUUUAUCUCCAAUAAAAAAUAAAGAAAAAAGUUCUCAUUCUCCUAGUUAUUCUGAAAUAGAUUUUCGAAAUGACCAAAACAUCUAACACUCUCCAGACUUUUAUUUUAAGAUUUAAAAAACCUAUGACGAUAUUGAAGUUUAAUCAGAGAUUAUUCCAUACUUUGAAAGUUCUUCUAUAAACUCUUCAACUACUUCCCAGUUUAUAAAUGAACUUUCAGAAGAAUAAUUAGGAUUCUAAUGAUGUCAUUAAU